AUGACUAGAACGGCGAAAAGGGAAAUUGGCAGAAAGGCACUACCGAAGAAGAAGAACAAGCGAAGAGAGGGAGUUAAACAAUUUAACCGAAUUAUAUUGAUUAUCACAACUACCAACGAGGUAUCAGCUGCACAAACAAAUGGAAACACGGCAUUAUUAUCACAAAUCCAUGAAGCCCUAGAACUUGUCCAUAAUCCGUAUUCCUCCAAUCAGUCUCGUCAACAAGCGUCAAGCUUUCUAGAGAAUAUCAAAGCCGAAGACGAAGCUCCUUAUCAUGGUUUUACCUUAGCAUCCGAUAAAUCUCAACAGCCAGUCGUACGCCACUAUGCACUUUCUCUCCUAGAGCACGCGAUAAAACAUAAAUGGGCAGCAUAUUCGGAAGGGCAAGCAAGUGCGUUGCGGCAAUGGGUUAUUCAACUCUCCGAGAAUCUAGUCCAAGAGGACCCCUUAUAUCUGCGAAAUAAGACAGCGCAACUUUGGGUAGAAAUUGCAAAAAGAAGCUGGGGAUCAGAAUGGACUGAUAUGGAUAAACUUCUUGUGAGAUUAUGGGAGCUUCCGGGCACUGUGGUUCACAAAGAGUUUGUUCUGUUUGUUCUCGAGACCCUCUCCGAUGAGGUCUUUAAUGGUGAAGAUGCUGUCACCGUUUUACGAGAGGGCGCUCUGAGCAGAGCUUGUGUUGAAAUCUUUACACCAGCCGUUGUGCUAUCGGAAGCAUUCCCAAAUCGACAGCUAGGUACCGUUUUGAGACAUGGAGAUGAAGGUUGGCUAGCAUCUGUUCAAGCUCUAUUUGCACUUUAUACUCGCGUGCAUUUUUCGGAUGAAGAAUUUAUAGAACUCAUGAUGUCAAAUCUUGGAUUAUUCGUAGAGUCAAGAAUUUUAGCUAUACCCGAAUCUUCCGAUCUCCCCAACCUUUUGAACCUUUUCCUUGCCAUUGCUCAAAGUCAAAGUCUUGUCGUUUCGAUACCCGUUAUACUUACCUGGACAAAAUUACUUCGCUCACCAAUGAUUGGAGCGUCUUCUUUCAUAACCCCUUUGAUCGCACCUCUUUUAGAACUUUGUACUUCACGCCUCAUUCGAUAUGAGAACAUGCCAGAUGACUGCGAAGAUCCGGAGUACAUAUUUCUGAAAGAAGACAUCGAUACGCAGCCAGAGAGACAUGCAUUCCUUGGGAAUUAUCGUCGUUAUUGCUCUCAAGUCAUAGAGCUUGUUGUUAGACAAAAGCAAUCCGAGGCUUUAUACCAUAUAUUAGGUCAAGUGGAUAACUCUUUGCAGCAUCUUUAUGAUGGAUGUCCAGCUUUUACUGUGGAAAACUAUUCCAAAACUUCAAUUCCAAUACUACGAGUCGAUAAAAAUUUCACUGUAGUAGAAGCAGCACUAAAGGGAUUUAUGAAAUGGCGCGCGGGACAUGGCGCCGAUCCUCAACGAGAUGAGCAAGAGCGCACAAGCAUAGAGAGUAAUUUAGAAACUUGGUGUGAACGAUUCUUAAAGCUUAGAUUCGAGGAUCCAAUAAUUCAAAAGAGAAUUAUACAGCUUGCGGUCGCUCUUUCGACGACCGCUUUAGAUAAGAAAGUCGGCUUCAUGUUGAAAGUCUUAGAGCAUAUCUUGAUGAUACAACCAAUCGAAUAUCCAAACGCCCCUGCUUAUAACGAAGCUGUGAAAGAGUUACAGACAGAGUCCGCUUAUGAGUUACAACGACUAGCCGGGAAAAUGCCUGAUCAAUUAUUGGACGUCUAUGAUCAGCUCGAAGCGAAGGUCAAUGAAAUCAUUUCUACCAGAAACCUUGAUAAAAAACGCCAGACGUCUUAUCAAACUUUCUUAUUCACAAUCAUCCAUCGGAACUCAAAGAUUGAUCCGGAAAUUCGCCUCCAGAAACUGAAAAGGUUUUUGACACCUGUACAAACAAGCUGGCAGGAUCCAGAAAUGAAUAAGGCGAUUGAAGGUUUCAAUGGGUUCUGUAACUUACUCGGAUUGAACCGCGUAAGAGACUUCCUUGUCACAAGGCGAGUUCACGAGAUUCAGGAUUGGUCGACAUAUCAGCUAGACUCCGAGGCGCAAUCAAUACAGAAAGAAAUGGAGGAGAGAUUAAAGGCGUUACCUUUGAGAACUACAAAAUCAUACCUAGGUUGCUCAACAGAGAAACUGGAUAAAGAAGACCCGGCUCAUGCUCAUGCUUUCCAUAACCCCGCGAAUUGGAACGAACUUCCCCCGGAAAUGUCACCUAUUGUUAGUCGCAUUUUGACAGACCGCUUCUGGCAAGCUGGAAUAUCUGUUGGGAGUAAAGACGACUUCUACGCUAGGGUCACUGGUACCAAAUCUACUAUGGAGGGUCUUGCAUCAUCUAUACGAGGCUCAAUACGUACCGUGAGAGAGUCUUGUUAUUCAAUACUUUAUUGCAUGAGUCGUUUGGAUGUCGACUUUUAUGGAUUCAGCGAGCUCCCUGGACCUCUUGCACAUGCUCUAUUUGCGGAUGCGCAUUGCCUGUCUUCGCAUCAACUUAUUGCGUUGUUGAAUGUUGUGCGACUUAUGGUGGAUGAUUGUCCAGUGGAAGUUCGAUCUCAUUUCGUACCUCCUAUAUUGGCUUCUUGCUUCACUCAAAUGGAUGCUAAAUGUAGUUCCGAAUGGGAAAGACUUUCUCAUAAAGAGGUGGUUCCUGCAGAUGAAGACACUUUGACUGAAGAGAUGAAAGAAGAGAGCAUAUUGCGACAAUUGACAUAUACAUCUGUCAUGAUGAUUGCUGGAUUUUUAGAUCCAGCACGACCAAAUAUUGGAAGCGCUCCUGCGCCAAGGUCAGCCAAAGAGGCUUCGACCUUUGUUCAAACUCAAGCGAACGCAUAUCCAAGCAUGAGAACGUUUUGCCUCACAUCAUCGGCCAUUCUAGAAUCUCUUCUACUCUUCCUUACUCACGCAGUUCGCAUGCGAGAUACCCGUUGCUGUAGUGUUGUUCUCCGCGUGUUCCGAUCAAUCAUCCCUGAUUUUGAUUCUGAUAACGAAUCGCCCCUCGCUUCUUCCAUUCGAGAAUUUAUCAGCACCGAAGUCCUUAAAGCUGUUAUCUCAUCACUAAAUGAACCAUAUUUCGUAGACUUACAAAAAGAUCUUGCUCACGUAAUUGCAUCGAUUCUAGUUUCUUACGGACCAGUUACAGCAACCCCGAAACAAAUCCUCCUCAGUUUACCUGGUAUUCAAGGGAAAGCAGUAGAUAAAUGUAUCGAAACAUUAGGAAGACAAGGAAGUCAACAGAGAACCCAGAGAGCGCUAGUAUUGGAUUUGUUGAAGGAUCUAAAGGGUGUGAGUAUUAGUGAACAGGGAAGGAUCUCAAAGAGUGCGAGUGUAGUGAGGAAGGAGAGGAGUAAGAUGCAAGAGGCUUUUAUGAGGGGUCCCGUUGAUGCUGAUAAGAAGAUUAAGAGUGAGAUUGAUGAUUUGGAGGGUGUGGCGGGGCUUUUUGAUAAUUGA